AUGAACAACAGUGUUCCUGAUUGGAGUUUUGGGAGUGAUUCCUGUGUCACCUCCAAUCAAAAGAAGCCUAUGGGGGUGGACCAAGAACUUGUGGAGCUCCUGUGGCAAAAUGGCCAGGUAGUGUUGAACAGCCAAACACAUAGAAAACCGGUUAUGAAUUCGAUGGUGCCGAGACCGCUUCAGAGAAAUUUUCAAUCAACAUUAAGGACUAAUGAGCCAUUUGGGAACUCAAGUAACUUGAUUCAUGAUGAUGAGACAGUCUCAUGGAUCCAAUACCCUCUUGAGGAUCCAUUGGAACAAGAAUUCUGUUCAAACCUUUUAACUGAACUGCCACAGUGUGAUGUUGAGUCCUAUAGGCAAAUCAAGUCAUUUGAAGAGGGAAAGUUUACCAAAUUGGAUGCUUCUAGUACCCCCCAUGUGACUGUAAGUUCACAAUCACCUAAUAUGAAAUCGUCCUCUUUUCAGGAAUUCUCAGGAAUUCCUAUACCUGCUCCAAGAUUCCAUGUUUCUGAUUCACCUCAGAAAAACAAUAAUGGCUUGGGUGGACCAUGUAAGGUCCAAAACUUCUCUCAUUUUUCACCAACCCCUAAUGUUUCCCCAGCAUUGCCUGAUGCGCAUUUUAGAGACAAAAUUACUGGUAACAUGUCAAAAAAUGAGGUUAGAGAGUGCUCAUUGAUGACAGUUGGAUCAAGCUACUGCGGUAGCAAUCACAUGACCCAAGAUCCAGAUGCAAGCAGGGCAUCAAGCAAUGGUGCUUGGACUACUACUUUAUCUGUUGAGCCUGAAGCUGUCAGAGAUGAUAUGCCCAGAACAAUUCCACAGAGUGAGAAAGGGAAACCAGACAUGAUUGAACCAACUGCAACUUCAUCUUCUGGUGGCUCAGGUAGUAGUCUUGGAAAAACAUGUUCCUUAUCUACCAGAAACCAGAGUCAAAAAAGAAAAACAAUAGAUGUGGAAGAAUCUGAGGAUCAUAGUGAGGACACAGGACUUAAAUCAGCAGUUGGAAGCAAGGCAUCUCAACGGACAGGGGCGGCUCGAAGGAACCGUGCUGCCGAAGUGCAUAAUCUAUCAGAAAGGAGAAGACGAGAUAGGAUCAAUGAGAAGAUGAAAGCAUUGCAACAACUCAUACCUCACAGUAGCAAGACAGACAAAGCAUCAAUGUUGGAAGAGGCAAUCGAAUACUUGAAAUCACUUCAGUUACAACUUCAGCUAAUGUGGAUGGGAUCUGGCAUGGCACCAAUGAUGUUUCCAGGAAUUCAACACUAUAUGUCUCAAAUGGGUAUGGGAAUGGCUGCACCUCCUUUCCCUCCAAUUCACAAUCCGAUGCAAUUACCGCGAGUGCCGCUUGAUAACCAUGUACCUGUAUCUCAGACACCAAACCAGACAUUGAUGUGUCAAAAUCCUCUUUUGGGUGCCUUCAAUUACCAAAAUCAGAUGCAAAAUCCAGCUCUUUCAGAGCAAUAUGCACGUUACAUGGGCUAUCAUUUUAUGCAAAAUGCUUCUCAGCUUCCCAUUGUUUACCUAUUGAAAUUAAUUUGCCUAGUUCUUUACUUUUUUGUCUUGAAGCCAAUGAACGUAUUCAGAUAUGGUCCCCAGGCAGUACAACAUAGUCAAACAAUGAUUACACCCAGCAACAGCAGUGGAAACAUGAGUGGAGCAGCAAAUAUUGAUGAGGCUGUGAGUGGCAAAAUGGGUAAGCCACUUGCAUACUUCUUGCUUUGGCUAACUUCAAAAUGA